CCGGGCGGAGACUGCGGGGCCCGGAGGGCGGGCGGCGCCGGGAGCGCGGGGGUGGCGGGCCUGGGGCGAGCAUGUAGUGGCUGCUGGCGGCGGGGCUCCCGGGGCGGGCCGGGCGGGCCGCGGGGGUUGCACGCGGCGACAUGGAGGAGGAGGGCAAGAAGGGCAAGAAGCCUGGAAUUGUGUCGCCAUUUAAACGAGUAUUCCUAAAAGGUGAAAAGAGUAGAGAUAAGAAAGCCCAUGAGAAGGUGACAGAGAGGCGCCCUCUGCACACUGUGGUGUUGUCAUUGCCUGAGCGCGUCGAGCCAGACAGACUGCUGAGCGACUAUAUUGAGAAGGAGGUGAAGUAUUUAGGUCAGUUAACAUCCAUACCAGGAUACCUGAAUCCUUCCAGUAGGACUGAAAUCCUGCAUUUCAUAGACAAUGCAAAGAGAGCCCACCAGCUUCCUGGACACUUGACUCAGGAGCACGAUGCUGUGCUCAGCCUGUCUGCCUACAACGUCAAGCUGGCCUGGCGGGACGGGGAGGACAUCAUCCUCAGGGUGCCCAUCCAUGACAUCGCUGCCGUCUCCUACGUUCGGGAUGACGCCGCACACCUGGUGGUCCUGAAGACAGCCCAGGACCCAGGCAUCUCCCCCAGCCAGAGUCUGUGUGCAGAAAGUUCCAGAGGCCUCAGUGCAGGCUCCCUGUCAGAGAGCGCAGUGGGGCCGGUGGAGGCAUGCUGCCUCGUCAUCCUGGCUGCGGAGAGCAAGGUCGCUGCGGAGGAGCUUUGCUGCCUGCUGGGCCAGGUCUUCCAGGUUGUUUACACGGAGUCCACCAUCGACUUUCUGGACAGAGCGAUAUUUGACGGGGCCUCCACCCCGACCCACCACCUGUCCCUGCACAGUGAUGACUCUUCUACGAAAGUGGACAUUAAGGAGACAUACGAGGCAGAAGCCAGCACUUUCGCCUUUCCGGACUCCGCGGAUGCAGGCGGAGUGUCGCCGUUGUCCUUCUACAUUCAGCCGUUAUCCCAUGGCAAGACGGUCAGUGAGAGUGAGCUGAGCGCCAGCGCCACGGAGCUGCUGCAGGACUACAUGCUGACGCUGCGCACCAAGCUGUCGUCGCAGGAGAUCCAGCAGUUUGCGAUGCGGCUGCACGAGUACCGCAACGGGGCCUCCAUCCAUGAGUUCUGCAUCAACUUGCGGCAGCUCUAUGGGGACAGCCGCAAGUUCCUGCUGCUCGGUCUGCGGCCCUUCAUCCCGGAGAAGGACAGCCAGCACUUCGAGAAUUUCCUGGAGACCAUUGGCGUGAAGGAUGGCCGUGGCAUCAUCACCGACAGCUUCGGCAGGCACCGGGGGAUGCUGAGCACCACGUCCAGCUCUACCACCAAUGGGAACAGGGCUGCAGGCAGCUCCGACGACCGGUCAGCACCCUCUGAGGGGGACGAGUGGGACCGCAUGAUCUCGGACAUCAGCAGUGACAUUGAGGCGCUGGGCUGCAGCAUGGACCAGGACUCAGCGUGACAGGUGGCAGGCAGGGGAGCACCCACACCUUCUGCACAGUUCUCCCAGGCCUUCCUGGGAGGAGGUGACCGGACCUGCGUGUCAGCCCUUCCUGCUUGCUGGAGGCUGGGGAGGAGCUCCAGGCACAGGUGGCCCCGGCGGCCCAGGUCCUCCACUGUGAAGGAGCCAGGAGUUGCCUAGGGACACACACCCCAGUGCUGGGUGGAAAGCUCUGGGCCUCGUCCACGGGGGCUCUGCCAAGCCCCGCACCACGUACCUGUUUGGGGAGGGCCAGGCUGAGCUGGCAGGGAGAGCCACUCCUGUCAGACAGGGCCUUGGACAACUGUCAGUUUUGCACAUGAUGUUCCUAUUGUAACUCUCAGAGACCUUAAAAAGAAGUUUACUGCAAUGUGAAUAAUUUAAUCUCUGGUUGC